AUGGCAGCUACCACGGGCCUGGCCGACUCGGCCACUAGCAAGUUUGACUCGACGACCCCGCCCAAGGACUCCCAGCUCGACCCCUCGCUUGUUGGGCAGCUCCUCGUCAACCUCGACAAGGAGGUUGAGGCCCUCAAGGGCAACAAGGAGAUCGACCUCGAGGGUAUCAUGACCUUCCAGAGGGCUGCGAACUAUCUUUCCUGCGCGCAGAUCUUCCUCCGCUCCGACGCCCUCCUUCAGCGUGACCUGACGCAGGACGACAUCAAGCGUCGUCUCCUCGGACACUGGGGAACCUGCCCCGGUCUCAACUUUGUCUACGCCCAUGCGACCGCCCUCCUCGCCGAGCUUGAGCGUGAUGGCGAGAAGCCUGAGUGGCUCUUCGUCACUGGUCCAGGCCACGGUGCGCCUGCUGUCCUCUCCUCCCUCUUCCUCGAGGGCACUUGGGAGCACUUCUACCCCGACUACCCGGCGACCGCUGGCGGUCUCGAGAAGUUCGUCAAGGCGUUCUCGUUCCCUGGAGGCUUCCCCUCGCACGUCAACGCCGAGACCCCCGGUGCUAUCCACGAGGGAGGCGAGCUUGGUUACGCUCUCGCCGUUUCGUUCGGAUCAGUCAUGGACCGCCCCGACCAGAUCACGGUCGCUGUCAUUGGUGACGGAGAGUCCGAGACUGGUCCUACCGCUGGAGCUUGGCACGCUCACAAGUACCUCGACCCCAAGGAGAGCGGAGCUGUCCUCCCCAUCCUGCACGCGAACGGAUACAAGAUCGGCGAGCGCACCAUCCCUGGCACCAUGGACAACUACGAGCUCGCGGCUCUGUACACCGGCUACGGUUACCAGGUGCGCAUUGUCGAGUACCCCGGAUACCACGAGAAGCACAAGACGGACCACGAGGACGAUGUCACCAUCAACGCCAACAUGGCCGCCUCGAUCCGAUGGGCUCUCGGCGAGAUUCGCAAGAUUCAGAAGGACGCGCGCUCCGGCAAGCCUCAGACCAAGCCGCGCUGGCCGCUCAUCAUCCUGCGCUCGCCCAAGGGCUGGUCGGGACCCAAGGAGCUGAACGGACACCCGAUUGAGGGUUCGUGGCGCGCGCACCAGGUGCCGCUCCCCAAGGCCGCGACGGACAAGAAGGAGUUCAACAUGCUCGUCGACUGGCUCAAGAGCUACAAGCCCGAGGAGCUGUUCCACCCUGACGCGGACAUUCUGAUCGACGAGAAGGUCACCCGUAUCCUGCCCAAGGCUGUCCGCAGCCGCAUGGGUAUGAACAAGUACGCUUAUGACGGAUUCGAGCCGCUCAAGACCCCCGACUGGAGGAAGUACCUCAAGGAGCAGGGCACGGAGCAGAGCAACAUGCGCGCCAUUGGCGACUACCUCGUCGAUGUUGUGCGCGACAACCCCCACUCGUUCCGUAUCUUCUCCCCCGACGAGAUCACGUCCAACAAGCUCGACGCGUGCAUGUCCAUCACCCACCGCGACUUCCAGUGGGACCCCGAGACGGCUAACAACGGCGGUCGCAUCACUGAGAUGCUCUCUGAGCACACGCUGCAGGGAUUCCUCCAGGGCUACACCCUCACUGGUCGACACGGCCUGUUCCCCUCCUACGAGGCGUUCCUCGGCAUUGUCACGACCAUGAUUGAGCAGUACACCAAGUUCAUCAAGAUGGCCCUCGAGACCAGGUGGCGCCGUCCUGUUGCUGGUCUGACCUACAUUGAGACGUCCACGCUCUGGCGCCAGGAGCACAACGGCUACUCGCACCAGAACCCCGGUCUGAUCUGUAACUUCAUCACGCUUCCGCGCAACCUGGCGCGCAUCUACUUCCCGCCUGACGCCAACUGCUCCGUCUCGACGGUCGACCACUGCCUGAGGUCGCAGAACUUCAUCAACCUCGUGGUGGGCAGCAAGAACCCGUCGUACAACUUCCUCUCUCCUGAGGACGCGGCCAAACACUGCGUCGCGGGCAUCAGCUGCUGGAAGCAGUACUCGACCGACGACGGGAUGGACCCCGACGUCGUCCUGGUCGGUAUCGGCGUCGAAGUCACGUUCGAAGUCAUCGCGGCAGCGAUCAUCCUGCGCAACGCGGGCGUGCGCGUGCGUGUGCUCAACGUCAACGACCUCUUCGUGCUGGGCCACCAGGGCGGCCCGAACGACCACCCGCACGCUCUGUCGGAGGAGGCGUUCAACGCGCUCUUCACGCCGGACAAGCCCGUCGUGAUCAACUUCCACGGGUAUCCCGCCUCGGUCGCUGGUCUUCUGUUCGGAAGGCCGAGCCACGUCGGCCGCUCCCGCUUCCACAUCCACGGAUACGAGGAGCAAGGGUCCACCACCACGCCCUGGUCCAUGCUCCGCCUCAACCAUGCUUCGCGCUACAAUGUCGCAGACUCGGCCAUGGAGGCCCUCGAGGGGUACGACCCCGACUGCAAGGCGGCGCUCAACGGCCCGCCCCUCCAGCACGAGUGGAGGCACAUUCUGGCCAAGCACAAGGACUAUGUCGAGACGUAUGGCGAGGACCCGGAGUGGUGCGCAAAGCUCCCCGAGCUCGAGAACCAGGACUCGUAA